AUGGCGCGCCGCUCAGCCCGGUUGCAAAAGCCCACACCUACACCCACCGCCGACACCUCUGCGAGGUCGCGCUCGAGCGAUGACAGCUGGAUGACAGCAGAUUCUUCACCACACACAGGACUGCCGGUGCUGCCAGAGAUGCCUGACCUUCCCGACCCAUCCUCCGUGAAAACUCCGCAAAAGGCCGCCGCUCCAGCAUCAAGACUCCCGCAUGCGACAGCUACGCCCGCGGCGCUCAAGAGCAAGUCAUCCAAGUCGCUUCUCUCAACUAAGGGGAGCCAAACGCCCACCAACCGAACGCCUAUCAAGCCUGCCGGUCAGGAGAUGCACCCCGCGCACCAUCAUGCGAGCACUGCAAAGGUUCUGGACGAGGCGCGAUGGCUUGGAUUCCAGGCUUUGGGCGCGCACACAGCGCCUCCUAAGGCAGCGGGCAUGAACCAGGCGACGCCUUCAAAGACCCCUGUGCCUGCUUCCGCCGCCAACGCUGCGCGUAUUGAGUCGUCACCCGACUUUCGUUUCCGCUUCAAGUCUCCGUUUGCUGGUUUCACAAAGAGCUAUCGCCAGGAGGACGCCACGCUCAGUCCAGGCACGCGAAAUCUCCUCAAAGACAGCGCAAGAAGGCCCGAGCCCAAGGGCAAAAUCGCGCGCUUCAGCGAUGUUCACAUGCAGCAGUUCAAGAAGAUGGAUUCGAUCGCCAACCAUGCAUCCGCGUUCCGCGCCGACCCGACUCGUUUCAAGCCCGUUGUAUCGCAGCCCUUGAAGAAAUCGCCUUCCAAGCCCGAGCUGGCCAAGCCUGAGACGAGCAAGCUCAAGCGCACACAGUCGAAGAUGGAUCUAACAGACUCUGGCAGCAAGAUUCCGCCAACACCGCUAAAGCGUACACAGUCCAAGAUGGACCUUGCUGGCUCGAGCCUACCGCGCUCGCAGUCGACUGUUCGUCUGGUGGCUUCUGCAAGCGCUUCGCGUCCUAUGUCUCGUGAUGGUCCAGUUGAAAGCAACCAGACGGCAAAGCGGAUCAAACGCACAGAAGCCGACGAUGCUGCGACCACCCGUCCAACGACUCGGGAUGCCAUGUCUGGACCUUCGGCGCCUCCCGCUCCUACACCCGCGCGCAAGAUUACCUCUCAGACUGCGCUCCCCCGUCUUGCUGCUCGGCUCAUGACCCCGACCAAGGCCUCCAUGGCUCGUUCCCAGAGCGUCAAGACGUUGAAGACGACUUCGAUGAUUCCUUCCUUGGCCAAGUCGCCCUCUACCAACAACCUGUUCUCGCCCACGAACGUGGCGCAGUCCAUGCGAGAUGGUGCUCGUUGCAAGUACUCGGACGACCCUGUUCAGAUCGCUGCUGGUACUCACAUGUCGCCGCCAAUGUCAUUGAACCUUGAGAAAGCUUUGCCUCCUAUGCCAGCAACUGCACCAGUGAAGAAACACGUCAUCUUCACCAACAGCACUCUACAGCGAGCAGGAGACGACGAUCUUGGCAAGUCUCCGUCACCGAUGAAGUUCAGGGCUGGUAGCGAGGUGCCCAGUGGUGCAGUCAUCUAUCCUACGCUUUCGAGUGUCCAGUACCCAGAGAUCUCUCAGGAAGCCGAGUCCCCAUCAACUUCACCCUCUCGACGUCUGACAUUUGGUGAGGCGACUGCGAACCAGUCGCGCUCCUUCUCAUUCGAGUCAGGCAAGGCCGUUGAUUUUGGCCCCUCCUCUGCCGGUACUAUCCGUAUGGUCCGUAAGAGCGACGCAUCGACUCUCGUCGAAGGCAAGAAGCGCAAGCUCGACACUGUCCAGGAGACCUCCGACAAGGAAAAUGAUACGCCUGCGGACGACAGCUACCGAUCUGCGAAGAAGAUGAAGCCUAUGCCUGCUACACCUUCGAAGACACCUGCUGGCUCCAGCAAAGUUGCACGCAAGACACCGAGUCGAGGCAGCGCCAUUAGCAAGUCACGACUUGCCUUCCUGGCCACACCCAAGCGUGGCAAGGCCUGA